CCGGGCUCCGCCGCUGGGGGGCGAUGCCCGCCCGGGCUGCUCCUCCUCGGGGUCUUAUGGAAGGAUGGCGGAGGCAGGGGGACCGGAGUCCGCCGCGGCCCGGUGUCUGGACGAGUCAUCGGACAGCGAGCCGGAGCAGGAGCCCGGAACCCCGCAGAAACUCAUCCGAAAGGUGUCCACGUCGGGCCAGAUCCGCAGCAAGACGGUUCUGAAGGAGGGAAACCUCCUGAAACAGACGAAUUCGUUCCAGCGCUGGAAGAGACGAUACUUCAAACUGAGAGGAAGGACGUUGUACUACGCUCAGACCGCCAAAUCGAUCAUCUUUGACGAAGUCGACCUGACGGACGCCAGCGUCGCCGAGUCGAGCACCAAGAACGUCAACAACAGCUUCACCGUGAGUCUCUAAACCUCUGCUCAGUGGAUCCAUCCGCCGCUAGAAAUAGUCCCGACAGUUUGUUGAAUAAAAGCUUUCAGGGAAAAUGAAAUGGUUUUAUUUUGGAAACACAUUUGAUGAGGAACGUUUAGUCUGAAUAAAAAAAUCGGUUCCAGACCAAACAGACAAUUUUAUUAAUAAAAUGUUGAAAUUUAUUGAUAAAAUGUCAUUAAGAUGUUAAUUAUACUUCAUAAAAAUUUUAUUAAAAUGCCU